UUGGACUCAUUUACCAGGCUAAAUUGAAAAAUGUCAAUGAGAUCUGGUUCUUGAUAAUAUCAUUUCAAUCUAUAGAACGAACAACACUAUUGACGUGAGACAGACGUAAUUUUGUUUAUCUGGAUGAGAAAUCUCAAGGUUUGGGACAAGUCAUGUCACUUCUUAACGGUGCCGUCUCAUCAUCAUUCAAAGAGAUACGGUUCAUCGAUGCUUCUUCGUUUCGGUUUCAUCCUCGGAGCUUCCAUCUUUCUUCUUACAGCUACUAUCUUCAUAUUUCCAUCAGUAAUGGAUUCAAUGUUCUGGAUACCAAACGCGCAUACUUCAAGUGAUACAACUUCUUUUUCUGCUGUUCCGACGGAGCUAUUGGAAAACUCCACCGGAACUGUCCAAACAGAAACAAAUCUCAUGGAAACUAGUUUUACGAACUCAAGUGUUGUUUCCACUGAUCUUCCUAAUGACGGAGAGUUUAUAGAUAGAAACGACGGUCAAAUUGCAAACAUUUCUUACCGGAAGUGUGAUAUUUUUGAAGGUGAAUGGGUCAAGGUGAAUGGUCGAAAACCUUACUAUCCUCCUGGUUCUUGUCCUUACUUGAAAAAACAACCGUUUGCUUGUUACCAAAACGGAAGACCGGACGAUCAGUUCCUUGGAUGGCAAUGGCAGUGGCAAUCUCAAGAAACCAAUGCCGGAUGUGAUAAUAUACCCAACCCCGGCUUGUUUAAUCCAAUUGACUUUCUCAAUAGACUGAGAGAUAAAAAGUUGGUAUUUGUUGGGGAUUCCCUGAACAGAAAUAUGUUCAUGUCAAUGUUGUGUAUGCUUUGGAAUGCCAUUCCAGAUAAGAGCAGAAUUGUUAAGCUGCAUAGGGAGAUAGAAUUCAAGAUCCGAGGAGAUUAUUCUAGGCGAUACAAGGACUACAACUGUUCCGUAGUUUUUGUUUGGUCUCCAUAUCUGGUUUAUGAAGCUAAUCCAAGGAGUCGCAGAAGCAAAAAUAUAUUACAUCUAGGACCUCAUACACUAAGAUUGGAUCUUAUUGACGAGCUUGCAGCAUCCGUGUAUCGUGAUGCUGAUAUUGUGGUUUUUGAUUCGUGGCAUUGGUGGAAUGUUGAUAAGACGAAUCAUGGAGAAAACAUAUUUCAAGAAGGUGAUUACCUGCACCCAAAAUUGGAGAUAAACGAGGCAUACAAGAAAGCUCUUACGACUUGGAGGAAAUGGAUUGAUAAUAACGUCGAUUCUACGAGAACCCAAAUUGUUUUCAGAGGAUACUCCGUCUCCCAUUACGUGGGCGGGAAAUGGAACACUGGUGGAAAAUGCGAUAGAGAAACAGAACCGAUCAUGAGUAAGGAAACAUACAUGGAGAGAUCACCUUUACAGGUGAAAAUACUAGAAGACGUACUACGGGAAAUGAAGUCUCCUGUGUUAUAUCUGAAUGUCAGUAAACUUACAUACUACAGAGCGGAUGCACACCCUUCAGUGUAUGCAAAAAACUACAGUGUUCAAGAGAGAACUGUAGCAUUGGAUCAUCAAGAUUGUAGUCAUUGGUGUUUACCAGGUGUACCUGAUACAUGGAAUGAGUUGUUGUAUGUUUCUUUACUGAAGGCUCGUAAAGGAUCUUUUGGCCGCCAAUAAAAUAAGAAAUCGGUAGCAUCUGAAUCGGAAACAACAUUUUUGGAUAUCACUAGGAAUUAGCUUUCCUUGUAUAGUCCCAUGACAUCCAUAUUUAUGUAUUGGGGGUUUUCCUUGUAUAUAGUCCCAUGACAUCCAUAUUUAUGUAUUGGGGGUUGGAUUUGUUGGGAAUCUUGGGAUAGCAGGUUGGAGUCGUUGGACCAGUAGUGGGACCUAGUUGCAUAGAAAAAGAUAUUCUCUCCGUUCUUGGAAAAGAGAUACUCUCACUUUUUCAUUUUAGCCUAAAAAUAAGCCAAGUUAAAAAAGUGUAAGUAUUCAUUUUCCAAAUAUGGAGGGAGUAUUAUUCUUUUA